AUGCUUCACUUAUCAAAUGAACUACUUCUCGAGAUCGUAGAGGCCCUAGAAUCAGACGCAGAUAUCAACGCCUUUGCACAGUCCAAUCGCCGCCUCUACAAUCUCGCCAAUACUUACCUCUAUCGUCACAAUGUGCAAGAGUGCCAGAGUUCAGGAAUCCGAGGGGCUGCACAGAGAGGCCAAAUCACAGCGGUCGAACGGCUCUUAAACGAGGGAGCUAAUGUGCACGCUAGAUCUGACGAUGACCGCGAUUAUGAUGCAAUGUUUCUGGCGUCCAAAAAUGGACAUCAAGACGUCGUCGAGCUACUCUUAUCACGAGGCGCCAAGGUAGACGACGGCCCGGUAUUUGAGCCCAUCGAAGGCUCGACGACCGGUCGUCGUUUCUGGCGGAGCACCAGGAGAUGGGGCAAUGCGCUCCACACAGCUGCGCGGAACCGCCACGAAGCAAUCGUGAAGCUGCUGCUUGCCAAAGGAGCCGAUCCCAAUUCUAAAAAUGGCUCCUGGGGUGACCCAAUCGGUGCGGCAGCAUAUGGAGGUAGCGAAGCGAUCAUACAGUUACUGAUUGAUCAUGGAGCGAAAGUCACUACGUACACGGGACAUUACGGGAAGGCUCUUCAGACGGCUGCCGAUAAGGGGCAUGUGGGCGCCGCAAAAGUGCUACUGGAAAAUGGUGCAGAGAUCAACUUCGAUGCCAGACAAUACGGCAAUCCAAUCCAGCCAGCUGCGUCUAAUGGCCACGAGGCAAUGGUACGGUUUCUGAUCGACAACGGCGCCAAUAUCAACAUGGAAAGCAUGUACUACGGCAACGCGCUCCACGCAGCUUCUACCUCCGGACACGAAGCCAUCGUAAAGCUGCUCCUCGAAAAGGGUGCCGACAUCAAGCUCGGCUCUCCGCUCCAGGCAGCUUCCAACGGAGGCCACAAAGCCAUCAUAAACAUCCUCCUUGACAACGGCGCCAACGUCAACGCCAACAGCGGCUAUUACGGAACAGCACUUCAAGCAGCCGCUCAAGAAGGACACGAGGAUAUCGUAAACCUCCUCCUCAGCAAAGGCGCAGACGUCAAUAUCUGUGGCGGAUUCUUUGGCAACGCACACCAGGGAGCGGUCGAGCGAUGCCACGAUGCUAUCGCCGAGCUGUUACUCGAGAAGGGCGCUAUUGUUAAUCCAUUCGGAGGAAGUUUUUGCGAGCCAAAUGUUUGCAUUAGAAGGGGCUGCGAGGUGUGUUAUUCUUGUGCUCCACAACGAGAUCCCAGUCGUACGGGCGAUUGGCGUUUUUGGCAAUACGACUGA